AUGAUCACGGUAAUCCGGGUCGUCGACAAAGAAUACAGAACCGAGCGAAGAUGCAAUCGGGUUACACCAACGAAUGCGCAAAACACGUCCGAAUUCGCGCAGAGAAGACAUAGUACGCAGCAACCGCCAAUGAACAAACAAAUGAUCAAGCGCUCCUGGGAAAAUUCACUCCCGCGACAGACUACAGCCAGACCGCGCGAGAAAGAACGUGCAAACGGGCGAGAUUCAGGACUACAGACAGUGCGAAACACGAUAGAUUCUCGUCAUAUUCCCUUUCGCCUCGUCUCCGCACACGGCUGGACUCACAAACGAGAACGUGUACGCAAGUCGCUGCCCUCUCGGCUCCCGUCCCCUCCCCCACCCCGCUCGGCCCCGCUCCCCGGCACCUCCGUACGCGGCCCUGCGCGGGCCUGGCGCUGUCCCGCUCUGGGCUCAACUCGGGUCUCCGUGUUGCAAGCCUCGCGCGCUCGCUCUCGGGCCUGCCUCCAGCGGGCAGACCUGCCGACGUUCGGAGAGCGCAUCCGCGAGAUUUUUGUCUCGGGGUCUCGCCCAAUCCGAGGCCGCCAGCGCACCCUCCGACGAUGUCGGUCAUCCCCUGCUCGUCGACUGGAUGUCAUGUGGGGUAUGUGUGCUGCGAACUGCUGCGACAGCCCCCCUUUAAUAAACACUUUCCUCGACCAUUCUGCAGGAGCUGCUGCAGAUGCAAUCUUCACGAGACGCCAGCCUCGCUCGCUCGCUCCGUAUUCGGUACCGGCGGGCGAAUUUCGCGCUCGCUUCGGAUUAGCGAUAAGUGUCAUUACCCAUCUUUUUGCUAAAAUUGUUCCUCACGGAGAUGCAGAUAUGGCGUGUACAUCUUCAUCGUGUCGGGCGUUCCCAUCUGGCGACGGUACAAUCCCUGAACGCUAA